AUGCAAAGUCAUAAAAUCAGACUUAUCAGCUGUUUUGAAAACUGCAACACCUUAUCUGGUCUCUCAGGAGCCAAGUCUACAAGGCUGUAAGUCGUUUGUGAUAUUUAAUCAUUCAACCAUGCAUUUCUAAAGGCUGACACUUAGUUUGCUUCUCCGGCUCUGUGAGGGUUAACUCCACGCAGGCUGCGCCGCUGGAGGAGCCUCAGCACAGACAGCAUCUCCUCCUCAGCCGGGGAGGACACACUCUCAGCACCACAGCCGAGAUAUCGAGUUCAUUCCCGGCCACACACUCUGGAGCCUACCGGCUGAUUCGCUCUGAGUGUUACACAAGCCGAACCAGACAUUUUAUUACCUUUUUAUUGCUUAAAUAAACGUUAACCAUGUCGGUGCGUGGCUCACGGUGCCUCCUUCAGCUGCCAGCAGAGUGCCGGAGACCAGCUUAACAAGUUGGAGCGCACUCGCUCAGGAGAUGAUGCUAAAUUCGGUCCAGGAGGCAAAUCUGAGUUUGGGGAAGACACGGCAACUAACCAAGGGGGAUCCUGAUGCGGUCAGAGUCAGGACCGCGGAUUCGUAAUCUCCCAGACUUGUGAGUGACCCGCUGACUGGAGCGAAGAUGAUGAAAACUGGGGCUCGGUUGACCACCACGCUGCCUCCGGAAACCAUAGACAUCAUCCGGACUAAAACACCCUCCCGCCGGGCGAGGCUCAACGUCGGAGGGCUUCUUCAUGAGGUCCUCUGGAGGACACUGGACAGGCUGCCUCGCACCAGGCUGGGCAAACUGAGAGACUGCAACACCCACGAGUCCAUCAUGGAGAUAUGCGACGAUUAUAACUUAGAUGGUAACGAGUACUUCUUCGACAGACAUCCGGGCGCCUUCACCUCCAUCCUGAACUUCUACCGCACAGGGAAGUUGCACAUGAUGGAGGAAAUGUGUGCCCUCUCAUUCAGCCAGGAGCUGGACUUCUGGGGGAUUGACGAGAUCUACUUGGAGUCGUGCUGCCAGGCCAGGUAUCACCAGAAGAAGGAGCAGAUGAACGAAGAGCUAAAAAGAGAGGCCGAGAACAUGAGGGAGAGAGAAGGAGAGGAGUUCACCACCACAUGCUGCUCAGAGAAGAGAAGGAAACUAUGGGACCUCUUGGAGAAGCCGAGCUCCUCGUUUGCUGCCAAGAUCCUUGCAAUUAUCUCCAUCCUCUUCAUUGUGCUGUCCACCAUCGCCUUGUCUCUCAACACCCUUCCAGAGCUGCAGGACACGGAUGAGUUCGGUCAGCCCACGGACAACCCACAGCUGGCCCAUGUGGAAGCCGUGUGCAUCGCCUGGUUCACCAUGGAGUACCUGCUCCGCUUUCUCUCCUCGCCCAACAAGUGGAAGUUCUUUAAGGGUCCUCUGAACAUCAUCGACCUGUUGGCCAUUCUGCCCUACUAUGUCACCAUCUUCCUGACCGAGUCCAACAAGAGCGUGCUGCAGUUUCAAAACGUUCGCCGUGUGGUUCAGAUCUUUAGGAUCAUGCGGAUUUUGCGAAUCCUGAAGCUGGCUCGCCACUCCACGGGUCUUCAGUCACUAGGCUUCACCCUCAGGAGGAGCUACAAUGAGCUGGGCCUGCUUAUUCUAUUCCUGGCUAUGGGAAUUAUGAUAUUCUCAAGUCUAGUGUUCUUUGCAGAGAAAGAUGAGGAGGACACCAAGUUUAAGAGCAUACCAGCCUCCUUCUGGUGGGCCACCAUCACAAUGACUACUGUAGGUUAUGGAGAUAUUUACCCAAAAACGUUGCUGGGAAAGAUAGUUGGAGGUUUGUGUUGUAUUGCAGGUGUGCUGGUCAUAGCCUUACCCAUCCCCAUCAUUGUGAAUAACUUCUCUGAGUUCUACAAAGAGCAGAAGAGGCAGGAGAAAGCCAUCAAAAGGCGAGAAGCUCUGGAGAGGGCAAAGAGAAAUGGUAGCAUCGUCUCUAUGAACAUUAAAGACGCGUUUGGUCGUAGUGUGGAGCUCGUGGACGUGAUGGUAGAAAAAAGUGAUGAACGGAGAGAAAAGCUGCAUGAUAAUCAUGUGUCUCCUCAUAGAGAGACCCCCAAAGUCAAGUCACCCAUCAAUCCCAGCAGCCCCACCAAGACCAUUGAAUCAAGCAACCAGGAGAAGGACAAGCCCUCCAGCAGCCCUCAGCAUCUCAGCGCACAGACACUUGAGGAGAUGUACAACAAGAUGACCGAGGGGCAGUCACAACCUAACAUCAACAGCAAGAAGAAGAUGCUGCACUCCAAAGCAGGAAGGCAGAAAGCUGAGUUUGAGAUGGGAAGCAUCCCGAGUGAAGCUGUCUCUGGUACGGCAGAGGCGGUGUCAGACAUGAAGAGCAUGUCCAGCAUCGACAGCUUCAUCAGCUGUGCCACAGACUUUCCCGAGAGCUCUCGCUUCUCCCAGAGUCCCCUCAGAAAAAUUUCAGGGCGGGUCAGUACCAACCCUAACCUGGAGCCCACCCUGGAAAAUGAACAAGAAGGAUCACAUGGUGCCGCUACGCCCAAGCUCAGCCUGAAUUCUGACAGCAGACAGCCUAACAACCCAGCCAAAGGCCGCCCUGAGAGGAUCAGAGGCGCUGUUCUGUCAGACAGUUCAUCAGUCCAGAGCCCUGAGACGUCCGCCUACACCACCGCCAGCAGCAGGACGCUCAACAAGAGCCCUGAGAAUUUACUGCCCGCCAUUUUCACGUUCCAUGACUCAUCCAUCAAUAAGUUCAUUGAUGCCGACACGGAUGAGGAGGAGCACCUGCACGAUGGUUCAGGGACCAAUGCAACCCAAAGACUUUUGGAGAAGACCAGUCCUAAGUUUGGUCAUGUCUCCAGCUUUCAGCAAGGUCCCAACCACAUGGAAGGCCUCUCCAAGAAGCUGGGGAACAGCAAAAGGCCUUCUGAAGGGCAGGAGAACCACGUGUCGCAGGAGCUGCAGCCACUUCAGGGAGAAAAGAGUCAUUCCAACACUUAAACUUAUGAAAACGGAUCCCAGAGAGAAGGACGGGACAUAGACAACAAACCAGGUGCACAGAGAACAGCAGCAGGAACAUUUAAAAGAUCUUGACUUUGGAGAAAACUUUGUGUUCAGCUCUGAAACUCCCUGACCAGUGACUCCUGGCUUAAUCAAGCAAAUCUCACAAAAUGAAACUAAUUAAACAGAACUUGAGGAUUUUGGUUUUUUGUUUUUACAAUCAAUACCUUCUUUUAAUCCAGAUUUUACUCUAAUGAUCAGACUCCCGCUGUGGGAGUGGAGUACAUUGUUUUUAUAAGGAAGAACCUACUUAUCUGAUCCCACUUUAAAGCAGCAGAGGCUGUCAGAUCAGUAGUGACGCAUAAAGGGCACAGGAACUAGGAAAACACACACGUUCGUUCUCCAACACUGCUUAUUUAUAAAUAGUGUGUUUCACAAAGAUGUAAAACGGAGUUUAGUUUGCUUCCUUUAACUUCCUGUUCUGAAACUGGCCUUAGUUCACGUCGUCCAGAGUGUGUGUGUGAGUGUGUGCGUGCGUGCGUGUGUGUGUGUGUGUGUGUGUGUGUGUGUGUGUGUGUGUGUGUGUGUGUGUGUGUGCGUGCGUGUGUGUGUGUGUGUGUGUGCAAUAUUUACCCUUUACCUAUAGUCUAUUUAUGGUUAUGUAGCAAUAGUGGUCUCUCAUCUGGCAUCUGACCUUUAGCAGGAUUAAGUGUUUUGGUCGGAUUCUUGUCAACAGUUUAGCGUCUGUUCCAGGUCGACAUCUUUACUGCACAGAUUACAGAGAAGACACUGUGAGGUCAAAUCCAUCAUUUUCAAAUCUGUUGUUCCUGACUGCUGGGGAGAGAGAGAGAGAGAGAGAGAGAGAGAGAGAGAGAG